GCCGCGCACAGCUCGAGGCGGUGGGCGAGGGGCCUGCGAGCGGGACGAUGGAGGCCGACUCCUCGCAAACUACAAAUCAGAUGCAAGCAGAUUCUUUAUCUCCAUCUCCUAACACUGUGUCACCAGUGCCUUUAAGUAACCCCACAAGUGCCCCAAGGUUUGGAACAGUGAUUCCUAAUCGCAUCUUCGUUGGAGGGAUUGAUUUUAAGACUAACGAGAAUGACCUAAGGAAGUUUUUUUCCCAGUAUGGCUGUGUUAAAGAAGUAAAAAUAGUAAAUGACAGAGCAGGAGUAUCAAAGGGGUAUGGUUUUGUCACAUUUGAAACUCAGGAAGAUGCACAGAAGAUUCUACAAGAGGCUGAAAAGCUGAACUAUAAAGAUAAGAAACUGAACAUUGGUCCAGCAAUAAGAAAACAAGUAGGGAUUCCUCGAUCCAGUAUAAUGCCUGCAGCUGGUACAAUGUACCUGACUACUUCCACUGGGUAUCCUUACACAUACCACAAUGGCGUGGCUUAUUUCCAUUCUCCCGAAGUUGCCUCCAUUCCACAGCCGUGGCCUUCACGUUCUAUUUCCAAUUCUCCUGUAAUGGUAGCCCAACCUGUUUAUCAACAGCAUGCAUAUCAUUAUCAGGCUCCGGCACAGUGUCUUCCGGGACAGUGGCAGUGGAGUAUUCCCCAGUCUCCUGCCUCUCCCACCUCAUUCUUUUAUCUGCACCCUUCUGAAAUUACUUUCCAGCCGCUGGAGAUUUCACAGGAUGGCGGAUGCAUCCCUCCUCCCCUUUCCCUAAUAGAAGCUGCCGUUCCAGAGCCAUAUACUGAUCAUGGUGUUCAAGCAGCUUAUCAUCAAGUUUAUGCUCAGAGUGCUAUUGCCAUGCCAGCCCCUGUGAUGCAGCCAGAUUCUAUUAAAGAAGCCAGGAUACACUCUGUGAGAAGAAAUUUUUCUCAUUCUUCGUCCAUGAGUUUGAAACCUCGAUAUGCGCGAAGUCCCCAUUUUCAUCCUCGAAAAGAUUACAGAUCAGACGACUCAAUCCUCACCACCCCAUCCUCUACAGACUCUGUUAAAUAGAGCCUUAAUUGUCUGCCAGAUUACUAGUAUGUUAGCACAUGAAGGUAUGUAAUUUUGUAGCUCUUAGCAUUUACUGAGUACAGUGAAGUCAAAAUGCCCUUACUUUUUGUAAGAGAAAGAUCUUGUACUUACAUAAAUUCAGUUAGUAAACAUAAAUUGCAGGAUGAAAUCAUGGUUACCUGUUUCAAUUGAUACACUUGAAUGGUAACACAGAUUUGCAGUUUGCAAAUUACAAAGGCACCAUUAUUAAUGCAAUUUAAAACAAACAUAUUUGUGUUAAUGACAAAUUAAAAAUGCAUUUUCACCUGAUCAGCUGCAAGAACAACUGACUACAAUAUUAAAACUAUUUUGCUGGAAAGAUAACAAUCGCUGCCCUUCACCAUUUUAGUCAACAUUUCUAUUGAAACAUAUUUGUGUGUAUCUUACAUAAUUUGAGUGUUUUCCACGUUUCAUUUGAAAUCAGCCAGUCCUACAUUUCUUGGAUUUAAAAUUUUUAAACGUCCUGUUCAAAACUGAAAACUAGAUCAUCUGCUUGUAUCUGUAUAAGUUUGUCUUACUGAUACAAAUUUUAAAUAAGCUGAGCCUUACAUACAUUUGUGAUACUAUAUUAGAUGUGGAAACAUUCUGUCUAUUAGAGUGUUUAAGUACACACAUUCGGCCCUUGAGUCUUGUCAUCAUCUGCCUUCUCCCUGUGCAGGAUUAAAACAAAUCACUGCCUAUAUCAUGUCCUGAGGAGGAAAACAUUGUUUCUCUUCACCAUAAGAAUUGCAAUUCAUUGUUACGUUCUUUUCGAAGCUUUUUGUUGUUAUCUCUAAGCUUAAGUUACUUUGGCAGAAGAAAUGUGCCUGCAAGCCAAGUUACCUUUUGUUCUCUGCAUAAAAAAGACCAUCACAUUCUUUCAUACUUCUAUAUAACCUGUGCAUUUUGCUUCUUGCUCUUGCUCUUGCUUCAAAGUUAAUUUCCAGCCCCUCUUAGGGCUAAUUUUUCACUUUAAUGUAAGGUAAAGUUUUUUGUAAAGGCAGUAUUGCAGGGUCAGAUUUCCAUAAUUUAACUACCAGUACUGUCUUUUAAUAUUAUACUGGAAAACAUAUUCAGCUUGUUUGGCCUAUACUAGUUUUACCUGUUAUUUCAAAUGCUAGAAUUAGGGAGCAUCAAUUGAGACUUCCUAAAAUGUUAUUUAUUUUUCUAGUAACACUGUUAAGUCUUAAAAUAAGUUUGUACCUUUAUUGAGCAGAAAGAAGAUCAUACCCAAAAAAUAUUUAUACCUCUUGUAAAAAUGUUUGUGAUAACUAAGCAGCUGUCAGAUUUAAAUAGUUUAUGUCAAGUAUAAAUAACCUGAGCUGCUGGGGUAUCAGUUUAAUGUUACUGUUUUUAUAUUUGCAGAGGUUUUGGAAUAUAUCUGUAUAAAUGUAUUGACAUCUCUUGAAAUUACUUUGUACGAGAGGAUUUGUUCAGUUGUAAAUAUCCUUGUAAACAAUGAAAGUAGCCAGGGGAAAACCUUGUGUUCUGUUACGGUGGUCUUAUUUCCAGUUGCAUCAUGACACAGUUGUGCAUAACCCAUUCCAUCUAAGCAAUCAGGGUGGGUUUUAAAUCUUUUGCUUGGAUUCUCAUUUUUACUUUGUUCAAACCUCUUUUUCCUCGAAGAAUUUCGAAAUGUAGAUGUCCAAGAAGUGCUUAGUAUUUACAACUGCAGUUAAAAAAAUUAUUCAUAUUUGAAAUCCAUUGAUAUAACGGCUUGUGUUAUGGAAUUAUUGAUAUGUGAUGUGUGCAUCACGUAAGAUAAUACUCAAGAAAUCCCAUUUUAGUUUGUUUCCAUUUAAAAGAACGAUACAGACAUAAAGAUUGUUUUAUAUUUGUCAGUAUUUGGCCAAGCCUUAUUUCAUAAAAACAGAACAUAAUAAUUGAAAUAAGGUUCUGAUUAAUGAGAGGUCUUAUUCUAGGACUUAUUCUAGGGGGAUGAAUUCUAUAUUUUUGUCCAAAAGUUUAAAAGUUGCAUUUGGCACUCCGGUUCUGUAUUAUACACAGUGUGCAUCAGUGUGUUUCAUGCAGAUUAUUAUAGAACUCGGGGUGAUACCUAGAAAACACUUUUAACAGCUAGCUAAAUCAAAUAAACCCCGUCUCAUCUUCCUUCAUUCUGUUUCUCCAUGAAAAACAUUAGUUCCCAAGUCCAAGGUGCUUUCUUGUUUCAUAUUACGACAUCUAAUUUGUAUAUUGAGUGAUAUACGAUAAGCAUUCACAAUGCUUCUUAGUUUUUGUUAAAAACGGAACUUGUAUUAUUACUCUGUGUUAAAAUCCUGAUUUUAAAACUUUGAAUUGGGAUAUAUAACAAUCAUAUUAACCAUAGAUUUUGAGGUGAAUAAUUUAUUUAAGCAGUGUAUAUGAUCAUAACUCCAAACAUAUUUGUAAGAAAUAUGUAAAGAAAUGCCAUAAUGUCAAAAAAAACCCAGGAUUUAAAAAAAACCAGGAUUUUCCUGUGUCUGGAAAUCUACCUAUUUGAUAUUUUAAAGAAUGAACAUCAAAUUGGUAGUCAUUCUCAGGAACAAAUAAAAGUUCAGUUUAAUUAUAACACAGCCACUUAACUUUAAUAUUUCUUAAUACUAUUAUAUUUUUAAAUCCUCUUGAGAAAAAGCAUAUUGCAUUCCAUAAUGAUUUAGUCAAAGGUAACAGAACACAUGGCUUUGCAUACAUAUCUGUAUUUUAAUAAGUAGUUUUAUACUGUUAAGUUUAUUGUAAUAUAUGUUCAUGUAUGUGUUAAUGUGAAAUGGUGAUUUCGUGAGACUUGAAUUUAUCUUCAUAUUGUGGCAGCUUUUUAAAAAUGUGACAUGGCCGAUAUUUCAAGGACACAUUCAUACAAAUCUAGGAAGAUAGAGUUUUUAUUUAAAAUGGGCUAAUUCCCAAUUAUAUCUGCCUAAGUUUUUGUGGAGUUCUGAUUUUAAAUAGAAUGUGACAUAGCAGAAAAGUAUGCAUCUUAUUUGGGACUUCAUUAUUAGACUGUUUUUUCAGAUAUUUUGGUAUAGCAACACUUUUAAAAUAUUGCAGAAAGCAAGCUGCAAGCUGAUAAAUUUUCUGCCAGAGACAUUGUGGUAAUAUGCAGUCAUAAUUACGAAAAGUAUGCAAAGCACAAGCAUAACCUUAAAAUUUUUGCAGACAUAAAAAUAGUAUUGGACCUGAUCUAUGGGGUGCCUACUCUGUUUAUGUACUCCAGAUUCAUUGAUGUGAGUUACUACAGUCUUGUAAGCCAACAUAAAUGUACAGAAAUGUCAAUUUCACUGUAAUUUAGAGUUUUGCAAAUGUUUUAUCCAUUCCUUUUUUGUUCAAACUAUGGUCAUAGUACAUCAAAAGUACUGCAGCAAUUCUUGGAGGAGAUUCCUGUAGACUCAGGAGACCUCGCUCUCUCUGGCCUCCAGACCAACUACAUACAUACACAUGCUCCAGAGCAUAACUUAUGUGGAGACCAGAGACAAGGGCAUGGAUUCCAUUCACUCUAGUGGCCUCUUGCUUCACCUGCAUAUGGGAAGAGGGGAACGUAGGGUUCUGCAAGGUCAGUGGGAAGCUACCACAUAUGAGUACUAAGAAUCCAUGCCCACAAUGGGCCAAAUUGUGCUGCAUAUGGAUAGUAUACAAUAACCAGUAGCACUCUUAUAACUUGUACCUUCUCACAAAAACCAGUGGAUUUGUAAUAUUUAAGUUUCAUUCAAAUAAAACAUUAUUUGCCUGCU